AUGGAUACACUAAAAAGAAGACAUCAUUUCACACCUACACCAGAUUCACCACCACCAAAGUACAGUGAUACAUUUGAAUCUGUUGAUUUUUAUUGUGAAAAAGAAUCCAAGAUAUUUAAAUCAAAUCAAAAGACAAAGGCAACAUCUUUAUAUGCGUAUUCAACAGAAUUCAUUCGAAAAUAUCAGCAUUGGAUUGCUGCUACUCUACUCACACUUAUCUCUGUCUGGACAAGAUUUCGAUUGAUUGGUAAAGCAAGAAAAGUCAUUUGGGAUGAGGCACAUUUUGGCAAGUUUGGUUCGUUUUAUUUAAAAAACGAAUUCUAUUUUGAUGUACAUCCACCUUUGGGUAAAAUGUUGGUUGGCUUUUCUGGUGUCUUGGCCAAUUACAAUGGAUCAUUCAGCUUUGAAUCAGGUCAAGCUUAUCCUGAUGAUUUAGAUAUCGUCACCAUGCGUGUCUUUAAUGCUGCUUGGGGUGUGAUGUUGGUUCCUUUAGCCUAUGGUACUGCCCGCUAUCUUGGUCUAUCGAUAAAAUCAUGUAUUUUAGCAGCCACCAUGGUCUUAUUGGACAAUGCCUUAUUGACUAUCAGUCGCUUUGUCUUGUUGGAUUCCAUGCUCUUGUUCUUUACAGGUGCUACUUUUUUCUGUCUGGCUGGAUUUCGAUCCAAGAGAGACGAACCAUUUUCAUUGGCUUGGUGGGCUUGGAUGUUUGGGCUUGGUAUGUCAUUAGGCUGUGUCUUGAGUGUGAAAUGGGUGGGUUUGUUUGCUGUUGCAUUGGCUGGUACCUAUACACUUGAAGAUUUAUGGGACAUGUUGGGUGAUUUACAGAUGCCUAAAAAGACUUAUUUUUGUCAUUGGCUUGCACGUGGUGUGUGUCUGAUUGCUAUUCCCUCAGUCAUUUAUGUCGCAAGCUUUGCUGCUCACUUCUAUCUCUUGAGCAACAGUGGACCUGGAGAUGCCAACAUGAGUUCCUUAUUUCAAGCCAGACUAAACGGAAGCUCAUUCAAGAACAACCCUUUAGAAAUUGUUUUUGGUUCAAAUGUGACCAUUAAAAACGUUGCUUAUGGUGGUGGUCUCUUACACUCACAUCCUCAUAUGUAUCCUGAUGGCUCUAAACAACAGCAAAUCACAGGUUAUGGAUUUAAGGAUGAUAACAAUCUUUGGCAAGUGCGAUACCCACGUACGAAUGACUCUACGCAAGAACAAAAGACACAUGAAAGUGACUCACUUGAAUUCCUUCAAGAUGGCGAUAUCAUUCGUCUUUACCACUUGGCAACCCAUCGCAACCUCCAUAGCCAUCCUAUCUAUGCACCCGUCUCCACAAAGCACUGGGAAGUGAGUGCCUAUGGUAGUGAAGAAGUAGGCGAUGUGCAAGACAAUUGGCGCGUAGAAAUCGUCAAGGACAUGUCUGACAAGGACACAAAGCAGGUGAAGGCUCUUUCUACCCGGUUCCGAUUACGCCAUAUCUUCCUAGACUGUCUAUUGGCUUCUCACAAUGUACUUUUGCCUCAAUGGGGGUUUAGACAACAAGAAGUGGUAUGUGAUCGAAAGAGUUUGCCCUCGGACCCUCAUACGUGGUGGAACAUUGAAGACAAUCAUCACAGUGCAUUGCCUCCUGCUCCAGAAAAUGCGUAUCGUUCUCAUUUCUGGCAAGAUUUCUGGCAUUUGAAUGUAAUGAUGUGGCAUAGCAAUAAUGCACUUGUGCCUGAUCCUGAUAAAGAUGAUUUGUUGGCUUCAGGUCCUACUGAAUGGCCCUUGGUCUCUGUGGGCCUUCGCAUGUGUGGUUGGGAUGAAAAGACCAUUAAAUACUAUCUUAUUGGUAACCCUGUUGUUUGGUGGUCUUCUACACUGGCCAUUGUCUCCUUUGUGAUGGCUACAGGUGUCUACAUGAUUCGCAAAAGAAGACAUUUGGUUGAUAUGACACCAGGCCGAUGGAAUCAAUUCUGCUCUGUAGGCAAAUUGUUCUUUUUGGGUUGGUUCUUUCACUAUAUUCCGUUCUAUAUGAUGGGUCGUAUCACUUAUAUUCACCACUAUUUCCCUGCCUUGUAUUUCAGUGUGUUUAUGGUUCCCUUCUUGCUUGAACAUUUUGUAGAAUCCAUGUCUGUUCAAAAGCGUUAUGCUGUUUAUGGUAUUAUGUUUUGUCUGGUCAUUGUUAACUUUGUUUACUUUGCACCCUUUUCAUUUGGUAUGGAAGGUGAUAUUAAGUUAUACGCCAAUCGACAGUGGUUUAAACACUGGAAUUUAAUUGAAAAUCGAAACCAUUUUUAA